AUUUAAGUUGCACACACAGAGAAAAGAGCGGAGAAAAGAGGGGAGACAGAGAGAGAGAUAUAGAGAGAGAGAGAGAGAGAGAUGGCAAGCCUGCAGCAGCAACAAGUUACUAGAGGAAGCAAUCGCAUCACACAGGUCGAUGUUGAGGAGUUGGAGAUGAAGACUCAAUCCAACAACACCUACAAAGACUUUGAUCGUGAAGAACAAAAGCACCAGACACCUAGUUGGAGAAAGUUUCUGUCAUUCGUUGGCCCAGGUUUCCUUGUUUCAUUGGCAUAUCUUGACCCUGGAAACUUGGAAACUGAUUUGCAAGCAGGAGCUAACCAUGGAUAUGAGUUACUUUGGGUGAUCCUUGUCGGAAUGAUCUUCGCUCUCAUAAUUCAAUCACUCGCUGCAAAUCUUGGUGUAAGCACGGGCAAACAUUUAGCAGAGUUGUGCAAGGCCGAGUACCCCAAAUAUGUGAAGUAUUGCCUGUGGAUACUGGCAGAGGUUGCUGUCAUAGCAGCAGAUAUUCCUGAAGUGAUUGGGACAGCUUUUGCCUUAAACAUACUGUUUCACAUCCCACUCUGGGCCGGAGUUCUCAUGACUGGUUUGAGCAGUCUCCUACUUCUUGGUCUGCAAAGAUAUGGGGUGAGGAAGCUGGAAUUUGUGAUAUCGGUGUUGGUGUUCAUGAUGGCAGCAUGUUUCUUCGGAGAAAUGAGUUAUGUGAAGCCUCCAGCAGUAGAUUUGCUUAAGGGGUUGUUUAUCCCUAAGCUCAAAGGUCAAGGCGCCGUUGCCGACACCAUUGCUUUACUUGGCGCCUUAGUUAUGCCGCAUAAUCUUUUUCUCCACUCAGCUCUUGUCCUCUCCAGAAAAGUACCAAAUUCUGUCCGAGGCAUAAAUGAUGCAUGUCGAUACUUCUUGAUAGAGAGUGGUUUUGCAUUCUUCAUAGCAUUUUUAAUCAAUAUUGCAAUAAUCACCGUAUCAGGAACGAUUUGUACAACCAAGAACAUUUCACAGGAAGCUUCAGAUCAAUGCAGCAAUAUCACCCUCAACUCAGUUUCUUUCCUUCUAAAGAAUGUGUUAGGAAAAUCAAGCUCAACCUUAUAUGCCAUUGCGUUAUUAGCCUCGGGGCAAAGUUCCACUAUUACAGGCACAUAUGCUGGACAGUUUGUCAUGCAGGGUUUCUUGGAUCUAAAGAUGAAGAAAUGGAUGAGGAACCUAUUGACAAGGUGCAUUGCCAUCACACCUAGUCUUAUUGUCUCAAUUAUUGGUGGAGCGUCCGGAGCUGGCCAGCUCAUCAUCAUUGCAUCGAUGAUACUGUCAUUUGAACUUCCAUUUGCUCUCCUCCCACUCCUAAAAUUCAGUAGCGGUACCGCCAAGAUGGGGCCACAUAAAAACUCAAUAUAUAUUAUUAUCAUCUCAUGGAUUUUAGGGCUUUUAAUCAUUGGCAUAAACAUCUACUACUUAAGCACCGCGUUUGUUGGGUGGAUAAUCCACAGCACUUUACCCAAAGUUGCAACUGUGUUCAUUGGAAUCAUAGUUUUUCCGGUAAUGGCUAUCUAUAUCAUAGCAGUGAUCUACUUAAUGUUUCGUAAGGACGUUGUCGUGACAUUCAUCCAGCCAACGAAUAUAGCGAAUAUGGAGAAAGGGCAAAGCAAAUCCGAGGGGUUGCCAGAAUCCAAUGACCAUGUUCCUUACAGGGAGGACCUCGCUGAUAUCCCGUUGCCUGAAUAGGGAUUGUGAAGUCAAGGGGUGAACCCUUCGAAUUAAACAGCCAAUAUGGAUUGGCAUUUGAUCAAAGGGCUCCUAUUUGGUAAUCAUGAAGAGUGCAGUUGUUUGUUUAAUGAUGUCAAAUUUUCUUUUUCUUUUUCUUUUUUUGGAUAAAUAAAUGUAAUCAAACAUUCCUACAUCAGUUCACAUGUACAAGAAAAUUCAGUCAUGAAGUGCAUGAAAGACCCUUUGUUUAAGAAAUCAGAUUCCCUGAAAAGCUAAGACUUACUUCCAUGCAA